AUACAAGCAUCGAACACUUCUUUGUUUCUUUGUUUCUCUCUCUCUCUCUCUCCAAAUGUUGUCAUCAACAGGUGGCGAAGAAGCCAACUUGAGCAGCGGCAACAAUAACAAUAACAGAGUCUCGUCUUCGUCUUCAAAAUCCUCAUCAACCUCUUCGUCUCCAUCACCCUUCUCACCAGCUUCGUCUGUGCUCCCAACCCCAAGAGGCAAAAAUAUGGAAGAGGUCUGGAAAGACAUCAAUCUUGCUUCUCUCCAUGAUCAUCCCUCCCGAGAGGAUCUCUCUGUGCUCACACGUCCCCAGAAUCCUCACGCCAACUUCCGAGGUGUGAUCCUCCAAGACUUUCUCGCUCGACCCUUCAACAAGGAGCCACCCACCAGUGUUGCUUCUCUUGACCAGUCCACCGUCACCGAGGCCCGCAUCUACGGUUCUCUGCCGCCGCCUCCGGCCACUGUUUUGAGCUUGAAUUCGGGGCCUGAGUUCCACUUUCUUGAAAGCUCCCACCCGGCGAGGCCACACUCGCAUUUGGUACAACACAACCCCAUUUCAAAUGUUGCUUCCUUCAGCGCUCCUUUUGAUGCUUUAGCUUCCUCUACCGGCUUGACCUCCUUUGGGAAGAAGAGGUUCUCGGAAUCCGACAACAAUUCCUGCGAUCGACGGCAUAAGCGUAUGAUCAAGAACCGUGAGUCCGCUGCUCGAUCAAGAGCUCGAAAACAGGCUUACACGAAUGAGUUGGAGCUUGAAGUUGCCCAUUUGAUGGAAGAGAAUGCCAGACUCAAACGACAGCAAGAACAGUUAACCUCAGCUACAGCCGCUCAACUUCCCAAAAAGAACACGCUCCAUAGAACUUCAACGGCCCCAUUUUGACGAGUAUCAGUGCUUUUCUUUCCCUUAAUCACCUCCCCCAGCACAAUUCUCAGAUGGGAGAGAGUGUUGAUGGGUGUGGAUGUUUUGUUGGCUGAUGAAUCUCUCUGCUAUUGGAUAGUUUUUCUAGGAAAGAACCAAGAGGGAAUGAGAAAAGAAAUGUUUUGGCAUUUCCAAACAAGUAGGAAUUUUGUUGGGUCUUGUUUUCCUUAUCUGUUUCACUUGGCCAUUGACCUAUCAUCUGUAGUCUUUAUUUUCAUUUUUUUUUUGGUUUUC